AUGUCUGAGGUAUGCACGACGGACGAUAUUCACUUUCCGCAAGUCCUUACCUUCCUCCUUCUUUAUAAAAUGCCACUCUCCGAUGACAGUAUCGAUAGCCUUCUAGGAUAUUCAGAGGAAGAGUCAUCACGUCUUGUUCUUCCGCGUUUACAACCUAUGCUCGAGCAUAGUCCUGGAGAACCUAUCCACUUUGACUUCCCUCGCUUUCGCGAUUUUAUGUUAGGCCCCGUGCACAAAGACGAUUCGUGGCUCAUCGACCUCGAACCCCAAAAGGAAUUUCUGGCCAUGCGGUGCUUCAAAGUCAUGAAAGAUAUGCUUCGUUUCAACAUCUGCAACAUCGAGUCAUCGUAUAUCCCUAACGAUCAGAUCGAGGACCUUCCGCGCCGCAUCGCAGAGAAUAUCCCUCCGCACUUGGAGUAUGCUUGUCUCUUCUGGGCUCAGCAUCUAUGCUAUUCGAAAUUCUCAGAAGCUUUGUUGGAUGAGCUUUCUGGGUUCCUUAAUAAACGCCUUCUUUAUUGGCUUGAGGUGAUGAGUCUCCUCGAUAAAGUCAACUGCGCCGGUCGAUCGCUCCUUCAUGCCAUGAAUUGGGCCCACUGUGUAAAUGUCUUGGCAUUCCUCAGAGAUGCCCGCAGAAUGAUCACUUAUUAUUCGCCUUCCAUUUCGCAAUCGACACCUCAUAUCUACGUAUCUGUCCUCCCGUUUGCACCAAUGGAGUCGGGAUUGAUAGCACGUUACUGGAAACCUGAUCUACCCCUUGUACAAGUAGAGCAGAUAGGCGUGAGGCAAAGGUCGCCGCUCCUGAUGGUACUAACUGGUCGUACAGAUUCGGUCUAUUCCGUCGCAUUCUCCCCUGACGGUACCCGCAUUGCUUCCUGCUCCAGCGAUUACACAGUCCGAAGUUGGGAUGCAGAAACCGGGCGAGCCAUUUCCAGCCCCUUUCAAUGUCCUGAAGACUAUAUUUAUUCUGUCUGUUUCUCGUCUAACGGCGUGCACGUUGCCACCGACUCUUCAAAUAACACGAUCAGAGUCUGGGACAUUGGCACUGGGAAAGUUGUUUCUGGGCCUCUUGAAGGACAUACAGACGCCGUCGUUUCGAUUGCUUUCUCGCCGGAUGGGAAACGUGUUGCUUCUGGUUCAGAUGAUAAGACCAUCAUAGUUUGGGAUAUUGAAAGCGGGAGCGCCGUUUCUAUGCCUUUCAAAGGACACAAAGCCGUAGUAAAUUCUGUUUCUUUUUCUCCCGACGGACGGCUUGUUAUUUCUGGCUCUGAUGAUUACGAAAUUCGAAUAUGGAAUGCUAAGAACGGACAGCUCGUCUGCGACCCUCUCGAUGGUUACCUAGGCAAAGUUUGUACAGCUGCUUAUUCUCAAGGCGGUGUGCACAUUGCCUCGGGCUGUACAGGAGGAUUAAUUCGGAUCUGGGAAGCUCGAAGAGGGGAAUGUAUCUCCAAAUUGUUCGGAGGUCAUACCGACGAAGUAACUUCUCUCGCUUUCUCGCCGGACGGGAAACGCGUCGUCUCUGGUUCUAAGGACAAAUCAGUUCGAAUAUGGGAUGUUGAGACCGGGCGUGUCAUUUCAGGGCCUUUCAAAGGACACACUAGCGGCGUCGAGUCUGUCGUAUUCUCUCCCGACGGAACACGUGUUGUAUCAGGUUCAGAGGACUGCACAGUCCGUAUCUGGGAUGCCGAAUUUGUUCAAGACAGUUCUGACAAUCUCGAAGAGCAUAUUGACGGAGUAAAUUCUGUCGUUUUCUCGUGCGAUGGACAGUGCGCUGUCUCUGGGUCAGACGAUGGGACAAUCCGAAUCUGGGAUGUGGAAAGUGGGAACGUCCUUUUGGGCCCUUUCGAAGGGCACUCAGGAUGCGUCUUGUCCGUCGCCUGCUCGCCAGAUGGGGGGCGCGUCGCAUCUGGCUCCAUUGACCAUACAAUCCGAGUCUGGGAUGCUAGAAGCGGUGUGGUAGUUUUCGGUCCUCUCGAAGGACACAGAGGAGCAGUUCGCUCCGUCUCGUUCUCCCCGGACGGGAGACGCCUUGUGUCUGGCUCCAAUGACAAAACGCUCCGAAUCUGGGAUAUUGAAAGCGGACAGACAAUUUCCGGUCCUUUCGAAGGACAUAUGUGUGGUGUUAACUCUGUUGCUUACUCGCCCGAUGGGCGAUGCGUUGUCUCUGGAUCUUCUGAUAAAGCGAUCAUAAUGUGGGAUGCCGGAAGUGGUGAGAUUAUUUUCGGACCCUUGAAUGGAGACGAAUAUUCUGUUCGUUCAGUAGCUUUCUCGCCCGAUGGCAGACGUGUUGUCUCUGGUUCUGCUGAUAAGACCAUCCUAAUCUGGGACGCCUAUAGUGGACGGGUUGUGGCUGGUCCUUUUGAAGGCCAUACCAAUUGUGUUGUGUCAGUUGCUUUCUCUCCCGAGGGAGCACGUAUUGUCUCGGGAUCGUUGGAUAACACGAUCCGUGUCUGGGAUGCCGAGAGUGGUCGGACUAUUCUUGAACUUUAUAAAGGGCACGCAUCAAUUAUAACGUCCGUUGCAUUCUCGCCUGAUGGAAGGCACGUCAUUUCUGGAUUCAAGGACGGUACAAUCAGAGAGUGGAAUGUACAAGGUAUGACGACAGCAUCCUCCUUGCUCAAUAGUUAG